AUGAACGAUACGGGGGAGAGGGAUCCUCCUGUGUUAAUGAUCAGGUUAAAAGUAUUAGAUGAAUGGAAUGAGGAAUUUCCUGAAACCAAACCCAAGCUGGAAAAAAUCUUCUACUGUCACAAAUGCGGUGCAUCCUUUGCAACCUUUUACAGACUCCAUAAGCACAUGUUCAAGCAUGACUUUCGAUGCGCCAUUUGCAAUUACAAAGUUGGACCCCUUCUAGUAGAUUUGGUGCUUCACGUGAAGCGUUUUCAUACCAUAAAAGAGUUCAAACUAAAAGAAGAAGAGACUGCUAAAAAGCUACCUAAAGUGAUGAAUUAUUAUUGUGCCCAUUGCGGCAAAGGAAUGCUUACGAUGUACGAAUUGCAGAUACACGAGCAAGAACACAAAGAUCAAACUUUAGACUGUAACAUUUGUUACAAACAAUUCUCCAGCUCUUUGUCGUUGCUGUCCCAUUUCAAAGAGCACACAGUACGAGGCCAUAUUCACUUGCAAUGCAAAAUGUGUCCCUUGGAAUUCUAUCAUUCAAACCCAUUGAAAUUGCACUACUAUACCGUGCACAACCACAUUUUAAAUAUACCCUACGAAUGCAGUUUGUGCUCUAUUACUAUAUUCGAUGACGAAGAAAAGUUUCUUUGUCACGUACAAGGCCAUUCCCAAUUAAAUAACCUCAAAAAGUCUCCUUGGGACGUUUCCAAGUCAACUUGCGAAGUGUGCGCCGAAAUAUUGGACACCCCUGCUAUCUGCGAGGAACACAAAACUAACAUCCACCAGCUAGAUGAGAAUUCUAAAAUAAUUUGUCCCAAAUGCGAACAACCAAUCGCCAUAGUUGAAAUGUUUAGUCAUUUAUUGGAGCAUCAAGUAACACGAGCGGCUAAUUUUCUAGUCAAGUUUCCUAAUCCAAAACCUACAACCAAGGAACAGUUCAAGAGGCAAAUGAUUGCUUCUAAAUCACCAAAAUCGAAAAAGAGAAAAAGAGAAGCCGCAGGUGUUCAACCACAACGUCAAUUAGUGGAACGAGCAUCUAAAUCCAAGCAAUAUUUGAAUUUUAUUGAAAAACUGCGUCAACCAUCCGAAGUCAGUCAAUAUACUCCACCAUCUACAUCCAGACGAUAUCCAACGCUGCUUGAAACAUUGACUCAACCAUCAAAAUCCAGUCAAUAUCCAAUUUCCAAACAAAAUCUCUCCAGACAAUUUCCAACUCAAUUGAAGUGUACCGAAUGCUACGAAAAUUUCGUUUCAGUUGCUGCACUAAACGAACACUUGGAUUUGCACGUUUUGGAACUGCAACAAUACCAUUCGCCUUUUCAAACUCAACCUAAACCUAACGAUUUUUUGGAAUGGAAAUCUUAUACUGAACCAAAGUCUGCUGAUGAGGAUACACGAGGCAGGUCUUUAUUUGGAGAUUACCUAGAAGAGCAAAGGCGUAAUUCUAUUGAUAGAUCAAGAACUAGUUCUAGAUCCAGAGAAUAUGAUUCAAGACGCAGGUCUACAUCUAGAGAGCACAGUCGUAAUCGCAUUGAUGAAUCAAGAUUCAGGUCUAGAUCCAGAGAAUACGAAGAGAAUAAGUUUGCUAGAGAAUAUGAAAGAUAUGGGCUUGUUGAAUAUGACGAGUACGGACGUGCUUCUAUUGAUAAUGCACAGGUUAGAUCUAGAUCUAGAGAAUAUGACGAGUACGGGCGUGCUAAUUCAAGACGCAGGUCUAGAUCUAGAGAAUAUGGAGAGUAUAUGCGGGCUCCUACUUAUGAUGCAAGGCACAGAGAAGUGAGUGAUGCUAGAAGGCAUUCUUCAGGUGAUAGGAGAUCGUCGCGUUAUUCAUCUGAAGAGUAUUAUAGACGUUAG